AUGUCCACCCAAAGCGGCUCUGACACCAGCAAGAAGUCUAAGCGUCAGCCAAAGAAGCAGGCGCAAACCUACGAAUCCGAGUCCGAAUCCGAGGACUACGCCCCCCCUCCCCGGCGUAAGCGCGGCAAGAAGCAGGGCCCUCUCGACUCGCUCGCCCUCGACAACGUUAAUAACACGGUCGGCGGUCUCACCCAAGGCGUUACGGGCGCGUUGGGUGGCGUCGCGGGCGGUGCUGUCCAGAAUCACCAACAAGGUGGUGGUGGUGGUGGUGGUGGUGGGAAGUCCGACACCUUGAGGCUUAGACUCGACCUCAAUCUCGACGUCGAAAUAACGCUCAAAGCAAAGAUCCAUGGGGACCUCGAGCUGGCUCUGUUAAAGAACACCUCUUGGCUUUUGGAUGACAGCAAUGAGAGAGUUUGUUUCAAGCAUGUUGCUUUUGUUGCGUGCGUUGAAACUUUUCCCUCCAUCUGCGAUUACCAAAUGACCAACGCCAGGGGAUUCUUCUCAGUCUUUGAUCUCGUCACACUCUACCUACCUGCCUCUACCUAUCCAUGA